AUGUCAUCCAACUUGUAUGAUUCCCUCGAAACUCAGCUUUUAGAAAAAGCUAACCUUAUUUCUGAUAAUAUUAAAAAUGGCUUUGAUAUUCAACGACUUCGUUUCUGGUCGCUCUCUCGGUACGGCCUUGUGAACGAUAACGUCAGACGCAAAGCCUGGCCUUUACUCUCUGGACUUAAAUCUACGGAUAGUACAAAUUCUUAUGAUCUCCAGAAACUUUUGGAGCAUCCUCAGGCAAAGCAAGUUGAGUUGGAUGUCCGCCGAAUGGGCUCCAUGAUCCCUGAUGAUGUUAAGCCAGAAGAAAAGGAAACUCUAAUACUUGAAACAAAACGAUUGAUUUUGUCAAUUCUUGCCGAAUAUCCAGAUCUACAUUACUAUCAAGGCUUUCACGACAUUUGCUACACAUGUCUUUCCGUCCUUGGGCCUGACAAUGCCUUCGCUGUUGUCAAGCAACUUGUACCUAAACAUUUCACCGUCUUUAUGCAAAAGACAAUGGAUCCUACUUCUGAAAACCUCCAACUUGUAUUUGAUCUUCUUCAGAUGACAUCCCCUAAGAUUUGGAAUAGAUUUCAAGCCCUCAAUUUUGAACCCUUUUUUACUCUCUCUUGGUUUCUCACUUGGUUUACGCACAUUCUUUCCAAUAGAAAUGAUAUUCAUCGGCUAUACGACCUCUUCGUCGCCUCUGAUCCGAGCAUGUUGAUUUAUCUCUCCGUCUCGGUGAUAAUCUGCAGUACCGAAGAGAUAGAUUCAACUUCCGAUGAUUUUGGGGAGUUGCACCACGCUCUCACGCAUCUUCCCAUGAAACAUGAUGUGGAGAAACUUAUUCAAUGUGCUCUUGAUAUCUAUCUGGCAAUCCCACCCUCAAAUCUCUUUCUAAAAGCCGAAGAAAGACGUGCCACUGCUGCGGGUCAGAAUCCUUUCCCUUCCAAUUCCUCUUCCGCUAAGAAUUUCUUCCCGUUAUCCAACCGACGGUUAGUGCUCUAUGGGGCCCUGACUGUUCUCACUCUUGCUCUCGCUUGGAAUCGAAAGCUUCUUGAAUCUCAAAGUAAAUGCUCUUCAUACCUCUCUGUGUUGCAGGAUACCAUGUUAAUUUAUCCAUGGUUAAUUUGGGCUUUCUCGUUCCUGGUAUAUGAUGCUCGGGGUUUUGUCCCAAUGCCCAUAGAUGGACCCGCAGGUUCUUCUUUUACGAGGGUUGCUGCAUGGGCUGGAGUUGAUUUGGGCGCUUUUGUGGAUGUGAAUUCCGAUAGACGAACUGAUGCUGUAGUGCUGAAACCUAGUGUUAACAAACUCUAUGCUCUGAUGGCACCCACAGCUAAGGAUACCAAUGGCCAAUUUAAUCAAGUGGAACUUUUCUCCCUGGACAGUGAAAAAAAAUUGCUCAGUGUCGCCGUGGCUGAUUUUAAUGCAGAUUCUAAAGAGGAUUAUCUCUUGGUUUAUUCUGGUUCUGAAUACCAUGUCGAAGUUUGGCUCAGUGGUACUAAUAAGACAGUUGAAGUAGGAGAAUUCAAAAGUCAACCAUUAGUAUGCGAUGCAAAUGCUGAUAUGGUGGCUGAUAUCUACGGGGAGGAUGAAUUGUCGAAACGGGUAAUUUACUACGGCGGUAAAUCUUUUCCUACUACUCGCCAAGAUUUUACUGAACCUUCCUCUCAGUUAUUUGGCAAUGCUGGUUUUGCUUCUCUGGGUACCUCCAUGAAUCCUUCUCUUGUUCUCUUGACUUCUAAUAAUAAUAUCGAAGUGUUCAGUGAUCUUGCCGUUGCUAAUAAUAUUGAAUCUCCUAAAGCAAAAAAUAUUGCACUUCCACCCGAUGUAAAAGCAGGAGAAAUCGGAAAAUUCGUCUUUGGAGAUUUCAGCCAGUCAAGCCACAUUCAGCUGUUGCUAUUGACUUGUCCUUCGAAAGACUGCAGCAAACCUAAAAUUUGGAUUAGCUCCUUGGGCUCUUUUGAUGGUUUUGCUCCACUUUCCUAUUAUACUUCCAUUUUAUACUAUUCUUUCCUUUUCGAGGAUUGGAAGCCAGUCGCAGUACAUUUGACACCUGUAGGCUUUGAGGAAGGCUCUUGGUCUCUGGCUUCUGCCGCAUCGAAAGAAUUUUCCACUUCUUUUCUUGUGGGUCCAUCUUUGGGUGACUUUGACUUGGACGGUUUUCCGGACUUGGCAGUGGGACUGAAGUACUCCCAGGGUUCCAAUACUAUUGUUCUGCCUGCCAUCUUGCGAAAUACAGCUCGUUCAAAUGGUGGUCGGGUCGAAUUUCAGGCUUAUUUAUUACCCGGGGUUGAAGUUGAUAAUGCACUGAACCUGAAGCAAAUCGCCUUCUUCGAUUACAAUGAAGAUGGCAUUUUGGAUCUAUUUAUGACCCAUCAAAGGUCUGACAAAACACCGGUCACUUCUCUCUACAUGCAGAAAAUGACCAAGGAAGUAUACUUCCUUAAAGUUAUGCUUGCAACCGGUCUCUGCGGAAGUCCGGGUCGAUGUCCUAAUGGUGUUCUGCCCUACGGACUACCGGGUUACGGAUAUCGCGUUUCCUAUGAAACCCAGGGUGCUGAGGGAGGUCGUAUUGGUUCCAGUGCUUCCUUUGUCUCCACCUCUUGCUGCGGUGCUCUCCAACUUCCUUUCGUUACUUUCGGUUUUGGGGAUUUCGCCACCUACAUUGAAAAUGUCAUAGUUUCGAUACCUGCUCCUUCCGGGCAAACACGAUCACAUAAACUCACCUUUAUUGUUCCAAACGCCCAAGUAGUUGUCAUUCCGUAUGAGUACAAUAAUCCAGACAGUUGGCAGGCAAAAUCAUUCUUACAGCCCCUCUACGAUAUAAAGGUCAUUGUAAUUGCAAUCACUUUACUAUCUACUUGCAUCAUUCUUCUCGUUGUGAUUGGUAUACUCCAGUACCUUGAAAUUCGUGCUGACCAAAAGGAGAGGAUGCAGGAAUCUCAGCGGUUCCACUUUGACGCUAUGUAA